AUGCCUUAUAUCCCCCACACCCCCGAGUCCAUACUUCAGCGGUCAGACUCGAAGGACCCAGGAACGACCUGCAGAGGCCUGGGUCAGAAUGGAAAGCCAUGUCGAAGAGGAAUUGGCAAGUCACCGCAGGCGUCGCCGAGUCCGAGUCCUCGGCGAAAAUUGAGUGCGAGUCCCGCGACCGCGAGGACACCGGUUCCAGAGGAGUAUUGCUGGCAGCACAAGGAUCAAGCAGCAGCCUAUGCCAGUUCCUCACCCCAACGAGUCCAGCCCGCGACAAGAAUAAAGGAGAGAACAAGCGUGGAUACAUUGGUUGACAGACUGGGCUUGUUAGAAGUCGAGGAUCGGAAGCAUGGGAAACGUCGCAAACCACUCCUGGUGCCAGAGCCAGAGCAAACAAGCGCUGAGGAUGCUCCGCGACCCGAGCGGCAGAGACCCCGACCAAAACCUGCGACUGCGAGUGGCCUGGGUCUAUGCUGCUGUUUAGGACUGGCCGAUGAGGGGAGACGGGCUCCAAGACCAGCAAGACCAGUGAGCAACUAUCCCGGGAAGACAACGGCGUCCGUACCUUCCAAGGUCGCAAAAGUUUCCUCGAGUAUACCUCCGAAAACCCACCGUCCUGCGUUCAAUCGCGACCCCUCAUCCCGGACAGGAGAUUUCCUGUCCCUGAUACCUCCGUCGGCAUCUCCACAGCUGACCGCUCAGCUUCUCGCCGAGAUGGCAAAGCCGGUAUCUGAUAAAGACCAGGAAGGAUAUAUCUACAUGUUUUGGCUCACUCCCGAGUCCGUACCUGUGGAUCCACCCUCUGAAAGGGCAGCAUCAUCUCUCCUCGCGCCUCCCUCUCAACGUAUGCCGGGUCAGCGAAGAACCUCCGAGAUGCUCAACACCUUUGCUACAACAAUCCCCAAUUCCGCGAACCAGAAAACCAUACUUCUGAAAAUUGGAAGAGCUCAGAAUGUGUAUCGACGGUUGAACCAGUGGACCAAACAGUGCGGCUACAAUAUUUCCCUUGUUCGUUAUUAUCCAUACCAGUCUACCACCUCGCAAACGAGCGUUAACGAGCCACCGAGUACCCCAAGGAAGGUCCCCAAUGCAAACAAGGUCGAGAGACUGAUACAUAUCGAGUUGAAUCAUCUGAGAGUUGUUGGUGAUGGCAAGUGCAAAGCCUGCGGGAGAGAACAUCGGGAGUGGUUUGAAGUUGAUGCUAGCAGGAAUGGUGUGAAGGCUGUUGACGAGGUGAUUAGACGGUGGGUUGAAUGGGGAGAACGGGACAUUGGGAGGUAA